GUCCAAUAUUAGUUAAAGGCUCGAGGAAGCCGAGCAAACAUCCCUGAGUCUGGAUCCAUCAACAUCUAUCAUCCGCAAACGCUCCGCCAAGUCGACGAUUCUCUUCGCGGGUUCAUCCUCCGUCAGACGCCAGCACGCAGCACAACACCAGCGCCACUCAGCCGGCACCGUAGCACGCCUCUUUAGUCGUCGCCUACUCACACCACGCCUGUCGCCCAGUCGCCUGCUCUCAGCCACUCAACCUUCAGCGGCUCGGCCAAUUGGCGCUUCUCAAUUUUCACUUCCAACCAUCCGUAGUGCCGGUGUUUGAAGGCGGACAUGACACUUGACUAAAGCUCCAUGUGAUGGUAGAUGUUGAUUGCUGGGUUAGGGUUUUGUAGGAACAACUAGAGAGAGGUACAUCAUCCAGAGAGAGGAAUAAGGCAAAAGAAGAAAGAGAAAACAGGGGGUGAAGAUGCCACUAUUUCUAUCAGAUGAGGAAUUUGAGGGUUGCUCUCACAACCCAAGGUUGGUUGCGGAGAAGGCUGACAGAUUCAUCAGGGAGCUCUACAAUCAAUUAGAGACGGUGAAGGCUAAGGCUGAUGCCGACUCCAUUACCGCUGAGCAGAACUGUUCCCUAAUCCAGCAGAAAUACGUUUCUGCUUGUUCUGAGUUCUCUGCUCUCCAAUCUCAGCAAUCCCAGCUUAACAUAUCUCUAGAGCAACGUCUCUCCGAAUUUGCUGAACUCCAAGCUGAGAAGCGACAGCUUCACCUCCUAACUAUUUCCAAGGAUGGGGAUAUUGAACGCCUGUCUACAGAGGCCUCCGAGCUUCAUAAAUCCAAAAGACAAUUGAUGGAUUUGUUGGAGAACAAGGAUUUAGAGAUUAGCGAGAAAAAUGAUACCAUCAAAAGCUACCUAGACAAGACACUCAUGUUGUCUGAACAAGCUGCAUCUAGGGAAGCACGGUUGCGCAACUUGGAGUCAGACCUGGCUCUCUCUCAAGCUUCAUGUUCACGACUAAUGCAGGAGAAAGAGUUGAUUGAGAGGCAUCAUGAAUGGAUAAAUGAUGAAUUGGAAACCAAAAUCAAUGAUCUUAUAAACCUGCGAAAAAGUCAUUCUGAACACGAGACAGACAUGGUUGUCAAACUUUCUGACCUAGAGAGGAAAUUCAGUGAAAGUUCUAGCUCGUUGACAUGGUUCAAGGACAGAGCAAGGGAGCUGGAGUUGAAGAUGGCAUCCUUGGAGCAGGAGCUGUUAUCAUCAAAAGAUGCGGCCUCCAGGAUAGAGGAACAAUUAUCAUCUGAGAUUUCAACUUUAAAUAAGCUCGUGGAACUAUACAAACAGAGUUCAGAGGAAUGGUCCAAAAAGGCAGGAGAACUUGAAGGCGUGAUCAAGGCAUUGGAGGCUCAUUCAAACCAAAUUGAAACAGACUAUAAAGAGAGAUUUGAGAAGGAGGUUUCAACAAGGAAAGAAUUAGAAGAGGUUGUUGCAUCUUUGAAGGGAAGUCUUACAUCUUGUCAAACAGAGUUGGAAAGAAGCAAGGGAGAGGGUAACACAAUUUCUCUGAGUAGUUUCAAUACAGAGUUGUGCCUGCAUUCAGUUUCAUCGACUGGGAUGAUUGAAGAUGAUCGCUGGCUCGCACCUACUCUUCCUGGUGGCAUUUCAGGAACAGCAUUGGCUGCAUCACUUAUUCGAGAUGGUUGGAGCCUGGCCAAGAUGUACACAAAAUAUCAAGAAGCUGUUGAUGCAUUGCAUCAUGAGCAACUGGGGAGGAAACAAUCUCAAGCUGUCCUGGAGCGGGUGCUUCAUGACAUUGAGGAGAGUGCUGGACCCAUAUUGGAUGAGCGAGCAGAGCAUCAGCGGUUGGUGGAGGCAUACACUGUGCUAGAUGAAAAGCUGCAGAGUUCUCUUUCCGAAAAAGCUACUUUAGAGAGUAAUGUUGAACAAUUAAAGGUUGAUCUGAGAAGAUGUGAACGUGACUAUGCAGUAGCUCAAAGAGAGAUUGUGGAUCUCCAAAAGCAGGUGACUGUGCUUUUAAAGGAAUGUCGUGACGUACAACUCCGUUGUGGAUCACCAGAUAAAAAAAAAAGCUAUGAAAAUAUGGUUAUUGCUGAAGGUGAUGCUGAUGAGGUUGAAAAACUGUUGAGCUUCAAGGAUAUAAAUGGCCUAGUUGAACAGAAUGCCCAGUUACGUAGUCUUGUUCGCAAUCUUACAGAUCAGAUUGAAACCAGAGAAUUAGAGUGGAAGGGUAAGUUUGAAAAAGAGCUUCAGAGUCAAAUUAAUGAUGCUACUUCCAAAGUGAAUGCUGUUUUAGCAAGAGCUAAUGAGCAAGGGCGUAUGAUGGAGUCCCUUCAUACAUCUGUCAAUAUGUACAAAAGGUUAUAUGAAGAGGAACAUAGUCUUCGCACUUCUGACAGGAAAUCUCUUUUAGACUCAACAGACAACCAACACACAGAACCUGUGAUUUUAAGUGAAUGUUCUCAGGGAGUCUCGCUGAAGGCACAUGAGAAGAAACUUGAGCAUCUUAAGUGCGUUGAAGAUGAACUUGUUAAAUUACGGAGUGAGGUUAUAUCAUUACGGUCAGAGCGUGACAAAUCCGCUUUGGAAGCACAUUUUGCACAGGAUAAGCUUGGCAGAUCUUUAAAAGAAUUGGAACAUGUUAGAGAGGAACAUGAAGCUGUUGUUGCAAGAAAUGUAGAGUUCUCACAUAUGAUUGUUGAUUACCAGAAAAACCUACGUGACAGCUCUGAGUCACGUAUUGCUGCUGAGGAUCUUUCAAGGAAAUUAAAAAUGGAGGUUUCAAUUCUGAAGCACGAGAAGGAAGUUUUGCUUAGUUCAGAAAAGAGAGCAUCUGAUGAAGUCCGCAUAUUAUCAGAGAGGGUUCAGCGUUUACAGGCCAGUUUAGAUACAAUCCAAAGCACUUAUGAAGUUCGUGAGGAGGCUAGGGCGGCUGAGAGGAAAAAACAAGAGGAAUAUAUUAAACACAUUGAGAAAGAAUGGGCUGAAGCAAAGAAAGAGUUGCAAGAUGAGCGCAACAAUGUCCGCAAUCUUACAAUCGAGCGGGAAAAUGAUUUAAGAAGUGCUCUAAGGCAAGUUGAAGAAAUGGGAAAAGAUUUGGCAAAUGCUUUGCAUUCCCAAGUUACUGUUGAGUCUAGGGCUGCUGUUGCAGAAGCACGUGCUGUUUAUUUGGAAGAAAAGUUGAGUUCUAUUAAGGUCUCUGACAAAGAUGAUGGGAGUGGUUCUCCCUUCUCUUCCAGUGAGUGUUUUCCGGACUUGCGUACUGCCCAAGAGGAAAUUAAAAAUUUGAGAGAAGAAGUACAGGUUUGCAAUAAUCAUAUGCUGCAGUAUAAAAACAUUGCUCAGGCAAAUGAAGAGGCGCUAAAGCAGAUGGAACUUAUUCAUGAGAACUUCAAAGUUGAGGCUGGUAAUGUGAAGAAAUCUCUAGAGGAGGAAAUGUCGAUACUCAGAAAGCGGAUUAAGGAGCUUGAAUGUGAACUUGAUUUGAUGGCUAAGAAGGUCGCUUCUGCAAAUGCUGGAAAAGAUGAGGAACUUGCAGCGGCCUUUUCUGAGAUGGCCCAUCUUAAAGAUGAUUGUGCUAUUAAGACAUCCCAAAUCGGAAGCCUGGAGAUGCAAGUAUCUUCCAUGAAAGACGAUUUGGAGAAAGAGCACCAACGGUGGCAGGCAGCUCAGGCUAAUUAUGAACGACAGGUAAUUCUGCAGUCCGAAACAAUUCAAGAGUUAACUAGAACGUCUCAAGCGUUGACUUCAUUGCAAGAAGAAUCGUCUGUGCUACGCAAGAUGACACAUGCACUCAAACAUGAAAAUGAUGAACUGAAGGCAAAGUGGGAGGCAGAGAAGUCAGUGCUAGAAGAGUCAAGAAGUGAAGCUGAUAAGAAAUACAGUGAGGUGAAUGAGCAGAACAAAAUACUGUUAAGUCGGCUUGAGGCUAUGCAUAUCAAAUAUGCUGAGAAGGAUCGUGUUUCAACUGGAAUAAGUUCUGGAACUCCUGCUACAGAAAGUGAUGAUGGCAUGCAGAAUGUUGUGAACUAUUUGAGGAGAUCAAAGGAAAUUGCAGAGACAGAAAUAUCUUUGCUGAGACAGGAAAGAAUCCGCCUGCAAUCUCAGCUUGAAGGUGCAGUUAGGGCUGCAAAAACAGCAGAAGCAUCAUUGCGUGCUGAAAGGGAAAAUACUAAAGCUCUAGUAUAUAGAGAAGAGGAAUUUACAACCCUACAGCAACAGGUGAGAGAGUUGAACUUGCUUCGAGAAAGUAAUGUGCAGCUUAGGGAGGAGAACAAGCAUAAUUAUGAGGAGUGCAAGAAACUCCGCGAAGCUGUCCAGAAAGCUAGGUCUGAGGCAGAUGAUCUCAUUAGGCUUCUCAAGGAGAGAGAACAAGAUGUGGAAGCUUGUAGGAAAGCAGCUGACAUUGAAAAAAGAGAGAAAUGUCACCUUGAGAGAAGAAUUGAUGAGUUGGUGGAGAGGUGCAAGAGUUUUGAUGUGGAAGAUUACAACCAUGUUAAAGAAGCUGAACAUCACAUGCAGGUAAUUGUGCUGGAAAAGGAUGAUCAAUUGGCGGAAGUUAGGAAACAUGUCUGUGAGAAGCAAGUCGUAAUAGCUGCAUUAGAGCAAGACAUUGCAAGGAACAAAGUGGAAUUAAGUCAGGGGGAGUCUAGAAUAAAUGAACUUCUGCAAUCUGAGGCUUCUUUAAGAUCCGAGUUUGAUAAACUCAAGAGGUCAACACAUAUACAAAAGAAGAAAUUGGAGAACCUAGUUAAGGAAAAAGAUGAAUUGAACAAGGAGAAGCAUCUUCUCUCCAAGAGUUUAGAGGAAGCUCAGCAAGCGAGAAGAAAUGACGGUGAUGCUGUGACUGAACAGGCUUUAAAAGAGAAAGAUAAGGAGAAAGACACCAGAAUACAUAUGUUGGAGAAAACAUUAGAAAGACACAGAGAAGAGUUGAAAAGAGAAAAAGAAGAAAAUAAGACUGAGAAGGUUAGACGUUUGAAGACUCAAAAGUUAUGUGCGGAUUCAUAUGAGAAUGUUAAACAACAACAGUCCAAUCUACUAGAUGAACUGGAGAAGCAUAAGCAGGCUCUUAAAAUGUUGACAGAUGAGGGUGUUUCAGUGGAGCAGCUUCUUGCAGGAACCCGCUUAGUGGACUUCACUGCUGCUUAUCUCCAGGCUGUAAAUAAUUUUGGACGACUUGUUCAACCUAUUUUCAUAGACAGUGGUGCUCCCGCUGCUGCCGAUAUUUCUUCAGCCUCCCCAGAGUCAUUACCUAGUGGUCCAGUGGUGGUGGAUUCUACUGUGCCAACUACCAGUAGCGGUGUCCCAACCCUCUCUAUUUUGACUAAAACAGAAGAUGAAAGAGGGAAGAGGUUGAUGCUGUCCAAGUUGAGUAACCCUGAUGCCCGUAAAACAGGCAGGAAGCUAGUCCGUCCCCGUAUCAUAAAGCCUGAAGAACCCCCCCAUAAUGAUGAUUUAGAGAUGGCAGAAGAGGCAGAUGCAAGUGGAAAGCAGUUUGCUUUGCAAACUGUGGAAACUCGAGAUGUUCAUUCCAUGGUGGUGCCUUCUCAGCUUUCUGCUCGUAAGCGCCCAUCAGCUCCAUCUACUAUGGAGUUACAACAAGAAGAGACUCCAGCAGCUUCUGAAGAAGCAAGGGCUGAUCCUGUGCAGCCAUUGCUGAAAAAACCAAAGGGUCAAGAAAUAAUAUCUCAGGACGGAUCUGCAAUGAAUUCGGUUCCCGAGUCUAAUGAAGGAUGUGAUGUUGUUGAAGAUGUGGCACAAGGUUUCAAAGAGGAUGAUGAGGAGAAGGAUGAGGCAAUGUCUUCAGGGGGAGAACAACAGCUGGCUGAACAGGGAAUUUCGUUUGAUCAGACUAACCUGCAGAGUGACAGGUGCGAUGAUAUAGGAGAUGAUGACAUUUUUGAUAGUAGUGGGCUUGGGGAAGCAGAUGUACAGAAUGAUGAACAACAUGUUCAGGGACAACAACAAGAACCCGUCAUCCACUCAACAGCAACAGAAUCUGGAAAUGAAAUGGAAGAGGGAGAGCUGCUCUUUGCAGGAACAGAUGUAGCUGACAUUGAAGGAGGCUGUAACUUGUCAAUGGGGAGUCCAGAGGUUGAAGGCCAGUCUGGACAACAACCAGUUACACCUGAUAAUUUAACUGCUGUAGAUGAAGCAUCUCCCUUUGCUGAAACUGGUGAGGUAGAUGAUGAGAAGAGUGAUGGAGGAGAAGAGUCGGGUGAGGUUCUGGACAAGAUGAAUUAUGGGGGUGGUAGUGAGCAGGUCAUUGCAGAAUCAUCUGCUGAUCAUCUUCCUGAAAGUAAUGUUGAAAAACCAUUUAACAUUCCUGCAAUUGUUGUGGCACCGGCGCCAUUGAAGGAUGAGAAUCCGGGUAGUGGCAAUGCGGUAGCAUCAGUAAUAACAGAAGUGAAACCAACGAGAACAAUUAAUUUGGCAGAGAGGGCAAGGGAAAGGCAAAGAGAAAGGCAAGGAGCAGGAAGAGGACAACAGCCAGCAAAUCUUACGCGGUCUUCUCCUUCGACUAGGGGCCGUGGUAGAGUACUUCGCCCUCGCAGUGGACAUGGUGGUGGACGUGGACAUACCUCUGGUUAAACACAUUACAAAUCAUGGUGCUUGAAUUGGUGUGGAGUGAGGAGAGGUUCGAAGUCCUUGGUGCUGAAAGAAGACUUAGAAGUAAAAAAGCACUAUCAACAGAUUUUAGAAAACAAGCAACUAGAGCUUUAAAUGCCGUUUAAUGAUCAGGCACUUUGAUUAGGCCAUUAAUGAAAUUUGGUACACAUGCGAGGUAGAGAAGGUGGUGAGGAUCAAUCUGAAGAAGGAAAAGGCUGAUAAACUUGUUGGUGAGGUGCAAAUUAAAUGUGAGCUGCAGCUUGUGGAAUGCAGAGAAUAAUCUAGGGAUUACGUGUGGCAUCUACUAAUUAUGCUCUUGUAUGUUAAAACUGAAAUCUGAAAGACUGAUCGCAUAGUGUGACUUUUUGUCUACAAAACGUUCUUUCUACCAAACGUUCUUAUUUGGAUGCUUAACUUUACUCAAAGUUUAUUGAUGAUAGUUUCCAUGUUUGAAUUAAUAAUUCUCAGCCUCGUUUCGUAGUUUAAGUAUGUUUUUACUCG